AUGAAGUCGUUUUUGAUAUUUGUAAUACAUGUGCUGUGUCUGAAGGGUCAUCAGUGUGCACCAACGAAGCAGGAGGAAAUGUAUCUCCGGGACAACCUGAAGCAAUUAUCUGAAGUUGGAGAGAAGUAUGUAGAUGAAGAGGUAAAGAAAGCUCUGAUUGGUAUUAAGCAGAUGAAAAUUAUGAUGGAAAGAAAUGAAGAUAAGCACAUAGAUCUGAUGAAAACCUUGAAGAAGAGCAGUGAAGAAAAACAGCAAGCCUUGCGACUUAUGGAUGAAGUAAAGGCAAGACUGGAAGAAGAGGAAAGACAAUGCCAAGUAUCCUUGAAAAAUCUAUGGGAUGAAUGUGAAUCUUGUUUAGAAAGUACCUGCAUGAGAUAUUACACAACUUGUAAACAUGGUGUGUCAACCUUUAAAAGAAAGGUUGAAGAUUUUUUGAGGAAAAUACCUCCACUCAUAUUUACUUUUCAAGAGGAUCAAGGAAGAGAYAUCCAGUCUAAUGAAAAGCCUGAGAAAGAGGAUACCCAGCUAGUAAAGAUGGAAGAUGUAUUUAGCCAGCUGUUAUCAGAUGUGGGCUCAAUAUUUGACAGAAGUUUCAUUUUUUUCAAGCAUAUGCAAAAAGAAUUUGACCAGUCUUUUCAGACGUAUUUCAUGUCUGACCUGGACUUGAGUGAGUCCCCCAGUAUGCCAGCUUUACCUGAAGUCACCACCAGAAAUUAUGGCUCACAGAGAGGCUGGGGCAUGCCUGGCUUCUUACAGAUAGUUUUUGAUUUCAGUAAGACGGUGUUUGAAGGCGUCAGUGAGGUGAUCACCGACGUAUUUGAUGAAUACAGAGAUUCUAGAAGAGAUGUGCCAGAACAAACCAAAGGCAAGUAUCCUGAUAAAAGUGGCAUGUUUUCAAAAAUUGUGUCAGGGCGCCAGAGACUUCAGUGCAGGGAGCUUCGGGAGAACUCCUCUGGAUGCCCACAGUUUCAUGAGAGAUGCCAGAAAUGUCAAGACAAUCUUCUGCAUGAUUGCCCGAAUGUUCCUGAGCUGCACAUUAAGUUUGAUGAAGCCUUUAAGCUGGUUAAUCUCUCAGGGGAGCAGUACGAGCAGAUUCUCCAGGUGGUUCGGCAUCACACAGAAGACACUUCCUACUUGCUGAACAAAAUGAAAGAAAGAUUUGGGUGGGUGUCUGAGUUAUCCAACAUGACCAUCGGACCAGAAAACAUUUUCAACAUAGUUAAGGUGGUACCAGGGGAUCCCUCCAGUAAAGACGAAACUGUGGUAGAUGUGAACAUUCUGACUUCACCUACUUUCACCAUUAAAGUUCCUCCCAACUUAGACCCAAAGAGUCCUGAGUUCAUUGAAUACAUAGCUGGGAGAGCACUGCAAUUGUAUAAGCAGAAUUUUUAAGCGGAAAGAAGAAGUAUGAAAWCUUUCUUCCUGAAAUAAAGUACAUGCUCCUUAGGUGAAACACCCUAUGCUCAACAUAGCUAAUUGUUAAUUUAUUAUGGUUAAAAUAGUUGCAUAAAAAUAAAAUUUUGCUUAGUAAAUACUGUGACGUAUGAGCUACCUACCAAAGACUGUAGAAAUAUUUUAACUCAAAACCAAAAUUAAAUACAUUGUAAUAUUUACUUACUUAAAUAAAAUGUUCUUUAU